AUCAUUCAAGAGGGAUUUUCCAACAAGACGGCGCUCCAGCGCACACUUCGGGCAAGGCCCAAAACUACUGUCAACAACAUUUGGGUUGUUUCUGGAGCAAGGACAUAUGGCCUGCCAAUAGCCCUGACUUGUCUCCUAUUGAAAAUAUAUGAGCCUUGCUCCAGGAGCAACUCAACAACGAAGCACUAGCGACCUCGGAGCAAACCCUCUUUUGUAAUCUGAAAAAUUCUUGGAGAAAGAUCUCGCCAGACGUCUUGGAAAAAAUAUAUACUGGAGUGCCAAAUGAAUUCUAAAAUGCAUUCGACGGCCAGGCCGCCAUUUUGGGAAACAAAUCAUAGUUUGUACUUCUACGUAUGGGUAACUCAUUUAAUAGCUGUGAUGAGUUAUAAAAACCACCAUCAAUUCUUGGAUUAAAAGUAUGUAAGUACUGAUUCAUGUUUUUGAUAUUCAUUCUAAUCACCACAAGUCUAUCGGAAUGUUAAAAUUAAAACAAUACAGAUAUAGAAAUCAAUGAAAGGCCCAAAUUUUCAUUUUCCUUUUUUCAGGCCCGCUAUUGGUUAGGUAAUACUCAAGUGGAUGAAAAUACUUUUGUACACGUCAAUAAGUAUGGUUGUCUCAGUUGUUCAUCUUUGGCAGAAUGAGUCAUCUUGAAGAUCCAUUCUUACAGAUUUGAUCCGGUUACCGGAGAAUCAGCAAGCUUCGGAGCUACUUCCAUGUCUACACCUUGUGGACAAUUGCAGAUGAGGGGGGGUCAUUUGAACCAAGUCCGAGUGGAAUGUUUCAAAAAAGAUCCUUCGUUCGUUUCUUACGGUCUCUGUCAAUCAUCUCAAUGCUUCACGACCUCUGGAAUGGUUUGUGCCUUUCCUUUUCGAUUUAAGGGACGGAUGUACGAUCAAUGCAUUACUCUGGGGUCGAAAAACGGAAGACCUUGGUGUAGCACCAAAACUGAUAGGGAUCACAAUCACAUUGAUGGCAUGGAAGCCGAUUGCAACGCCGAUUGCUCGGUCAAUAAUUGUCCCAUUGGUUACCAAAGACUGUAUGGAACACAAACUUGCUACAAGCUUUCUCCAAGUCAUCCAGCUAAAAUGGCAUCAAGUUUUGAACGUGCUCAAGAUUCUUGCUCUUUGGACGGUGGACGCCUCCUCCAACCCCGGUCUAAAUCAGCCUUGCAGACCAUGAAAAAUGUUGAACAAUUCACGGUGUUUCAAUCGACGAUCAUUUCACAUGUAGCACUAGGAUUGAUGGUGCAUUUCGAAUCAGGGCUUGUGAAGCUCUACUAUUCUGAUGGAACUAUGGUACCAUUCAAGGUUCAGGAAUCGAUGAUGGAAUGGGACGACAGUUUCCCAGAAGAAGAUGCUACUAAAGCUUGCGUGGCAAUAAUGACUGUUACUGGCAAGCUAAGAAAUGUUCCGUGCCAAGGCUACUUUAAUGGGACCAAUGAAGGUCACGGCAAAUUGGGCUACAUUUGUGAGGCUCGUCCGAUUGAAACUUUGGAAGCAGACCCAAUUCAAGUUUGCCACUUGCCCUUCAUUUAUAACUCAACCAGGCACGUGGGUUGUGCUCAAUCUGUUCACGCCUCCACUGAAAUGGACACCCAAGGCUUCCCUUGGUGCGCUACGGAAGUGAAUGAUCGAGGAGAAAUGGUUCCAGGCAAAUGGGGCAAGUGCCGUGAUGAGCGAACCAUCGCCUAUGACAAUGCCGUGGGACACUAUUGCUCCGUGCCUUUCCUGAUGAAUAAAAGGUAUUAUGAUUCGUGCACCCGCCAUGCAACCACUCCCUCUGCCCUGAAUCGUUAUUAUUGGUGCCCCAUACCAAGUGAGGCAUCCCUGAAUGUUUCAUAUUCAAAUGUGGGUAUAAAAGGAUCCUGCACCGACUUUCUUAUCCCGGAAGAAAACGGAUGUGGAGAUCACUAUGAUGACGUAGGAGAUAUGUGCAUGAGGGUCUCUACGUUUCCAGUCAAUUUUGACGAGGCUGUGGAGGCUUGCAAUCAGGAUGGUGCAGAUUUGAUCGCUAUCGUUGACGACGUUAUUCGCGACGCUGCAAUUAAAUUGAUUGAAAAGAAACGGCUCCAGUUUGAGCACUUUCGAAACAUGAACUACUUUUGGAUCGCUGGAAGGUUCAGUAAUCAGAGCCAAUGGCACUGGACCACUCACUUCCAACCGUUCAAUAAGUAUACACAAUGGCAAGCCAACACUCCAAACUACGCUUGCAAGUCCACGGGUUGCACUCACCUAAACGCCCUUCUGAUGCAACGUGACGAAGACUAUUCUUGGCGGGCAGCUGAUUUGGGGGAGCAGUUUGGCUACGUGUGCUUAUCGAAGUGUUCCAAGGGUUACACAUGGUACUCCAAAGUGCAGAAAUGCUUGAAGGUAGUUUCGUAUGGGGCUCAAAAUGAGAAAAAGAGGAAUUUACCACAGUCUUUAGUGCAAUGUGGAAAGGAUCAAGGGUCAUUGGUCGCUCUUCGAAGUUGCCAGGAGAUGGAAAUGCUGAAUCAGCAAUUGGCCGACUUCUUUUACCCCGUAGACCAAGUGUUCCAGAUCGGAGUUUUUGGAUUCCUGAAAGACCCACAAGCUAACCGACAUGCCCCUACCGAUCAGCUCACCGACAGCCGGGGCUAUUCAAUGGGGUUGUCCACUACGUUUGAAAAAUCAAGGGGUCUGUGCGACGCCAAGGAUUCAUUGCUGACCGACACAUUGGAAGAAUCCAAAACUUAUGGAUUUGGGCUGAAGCGUGCUAAAGGAGGUUUAGUGACCUUUCAUCAAGAGAUAGUGGCUCAAGCAUCCCAAAUGAGUUCGUACGGAUAUAUUUGCCACCAAGAGCCCAUCUUUGGAUGUCCGGAAGGUUAUGCUAUUUUCCAAGAUAAAUGCAUCAAAGUAUUCCACCAAGAGCAAACCAAGAUUGACGCAGAAAUGACUUGCCGAAAGGAUGGCGCUCAUCUAGCCAAACCCUCAACACAUUUGGAGAUCCAAUUCAUCGACGAGCUUAUUCGAGAGUCUGAGAGGGAAAUGGGCAUCACGGACUUGCGAGAUUAUUGGCUGGGAUAUAAUCGGCAACUUGAUGGAGAUCUGGACCCCUUGGGAUUAUGGAACACCACCAAACAUCGUUGCAAUUGUCUUGGUCUUCCUGCCAACAAUAUUUCGGGUUUAUUUGAAGAUGGAGACAAGUGUUUGUUAAAGAGCUGGUCCAAACUCAAUGUGACGAAAGCGUCAAACACGUGCCAAUCGUUCAACGGGAUAUUGGCCACCGCCGCCACCGAGGAUGAAUACGAGCGAAUGAUCUUCUACUUAGAAUCCCAAAAUGGGCUACCAAUGGCUGUUGGACUGGAAAACCCAAGUGGAAUGUCUUGCACUACGCCCAGCUCCUGUGGUUUCCUUUGGAUGGAUGAAAAUAACACGCCCGCCAACUUCAGCACCUUCUCCGAAUCCAAAAUACCAGAUUUGAAAGGGGAUGUUGAAUCGCGAUGCGUUGGAAUCACUGACUCUGGGAACUUUGAGACCGUCCUCUGCUCCAGUGAAAUGACCUCACUGUGUCAAUUCCAAUGCCCAAGUGGAGUGGACACUCAAUUUACAGAUUGUAUGACUUUGGAGCAUUUUGGUCCUGGUCACAUUCUGUUACAGAGUAAAUGCACUGAACAAGCUGGAUUUGUUUGUUCCAAAGAUCAAACAGUGAAACCAACAUUAGUUGAAGAUGCUGCCGAACCUGUGGUCUUGGCACCACUGAACAAGGCUCUAGGUUCGAAAGAUAUUUCCAAACAGGGAAUUGUUCUCGAAGACCAUUUUGUGGGCUAUGCUUCCUUUGGGCAAAAGAGCCGAUUGAUCGGAUAUCCAAUGUUGGGUGGGCAAUCCAUGAGUGGAUUAAGCUACAUUGAGAUCAAAUCAGGUCCAGAGAAGUUCGUGUUUGGAACAGGAUUGACAGUCAUGUUUUGGCUCAAAAUUGAUCAAAGCCCAAUGGACAAUUUCCCUUUACUGCAUGCUCACUUUAACGGAAAUGGCUCGUUGAAGGUGGGAGACGCCUUAAAGUUGCCAGGGUUAAUCGGCAAAGACCAAUUCAACGAUUCUAGGACAUUUCAUGGCAGUCUCAGUUGCCUCCAGAUCUUCAACAAGGGCAUGUUGCCAUCCUACGUUCGCUUCCACAAGCAUUGCCAGAACGCUUCCAGCCAAGUUACUGAUCCUUGUCCAGAAGGGUUCGACUUCUUUGAUGGCAUGUGCUACAAGAUCGCCAUUAGUUUGGCCAGUUUCAUUGAGGCAGAAAUUGCUUGUUCCUCGAAUCGCGACGAAACGGGUCGUUACCGGUCGCAAUUGAUGUGGACCCGAAAACUCGGCGAGAGCGAAUUCUGGGUCGGAUUGGAUGAUUUGGCAGGAUUGGGCGAGUUUGAGACGAGCACGGGUGGAGAAUUCGUCAAUCGAAGCGAUCCAAUCUGGGCCAUUUUGAAUGCUGGACAAGGGGAUUGUGCCAAGAUUCCAGGACCUAAUGGAGGCUUUUUGACUACAGAUGUUUGUUCGAAACCUUUGGCCUACGUGUGCCAACAACGCCCCUUGUACGAGUCUCCUGAUAAUCAUUGUCCCGACGGAUUCUUUUCAUACAAGAGCUCUUGUUUGUUGCCAGUCAGGGAGGAAAUGGAGUUCAAUCAAGCACAGAUUCAUUGCGGUCUUCAUGGGUCAUCUUUGUAUGCCAGCAAGUCUCUCGCGGAUUUCCAGUUUAUCAAGCAAUAUGCCCGGAAUCAUAUUCGGAUUGACAUUUGGAUGGGAGUUGAACGCAAAUCCGUGAUCCAAUCCUUCGAUGCCAGUGAAGACAACGCUCUUGAAGCCCUUGAAACCAACGAUAAGUCUUAUGCUGAUGGAGCGGAGUUCUUUGAUUCCACUUCGUUUGGAUUCGAGUUCACCUCCAAUGGAGGUAUCUGGCAAGGACCCUGUCCUAACCCAGAGCAUCGGUUCAAUACGCAGCUAGAGACACGAAAUGCACCGAGAAGCACGCCUUCUUUUGCCAAUGGAAACAGUAGGAUUUUCUAA